GUCAAAAGCAAAACUGUCAAACUUGUCGUCCUGACCAAAACAGAGCCGCACGAGUUUAUUUUUGUUUAAGGUUAUAUUUAUAGGCUUCGAAAUAAAAUGGCUAAAAAGAAAAAUCAAGAUAGGAAGAAGAAAGUCAACUUGGUAUUCGAUGAGACAAAGAGAAAGGAUUUCUUAUGUGGAUUCCGUAAAAGAAAAUUAGAAAGAAAGAAAAAAGCACAAGAGGAAUUACAGCGUAUGCUUAAAGAAGAAAGAAAGCGAAUUAAGCAAGAGAACAAAGAAUCCUACAAGAAGCUAGUUGUGUCAAGUAGACCUAUACCUGACAUAGAACAACUACUUCAGGAAGAAUAUGAAGAUGAGGAUGUCAAUGUUAAGAUAGUUGAACUCUCAGCGGACACUCUACAGAAGAAAGAUUUAGUUAUAGGUGAAAACAAACCGAAGGAAAAAGUUAAGAAAAAUGAAGAACAGACUAAGAAAAAGACAAAUCCAACCACAGAACCUAUUCCUGGCAUGGGUUUAGAGGAAGAAGAUGAAGCUGAAGCAUCAGAGGAAGAAGAAGAUGAUGAUAAUAAAAUAAAAACUAAGAAAGAAAUAAAGACCAUGCUCAAAAAACAAGCAACUAAAAAAAUACAGAAGAGCAAAGUAUUCCAAAUGAAAAGCAAACUAGACAGAGUUCAGAACAAAAAGAAGUCUUUACAAAAAAAAGGCCACAUGGCGAAGGCAAAAGCUAAAACAACUAAAGGUGGUCCUAGGAAAGAAGAUAAGAAGCAGAAAGGCAAAUCAAAGAAAAAAGUUGAUAGAAGAAAACACUAAUUCUUUUGAUGAACAUAAUUGAUCUCUAGUUUCUGAAAAACCAAUUAAAAGGGGUUUUAAAAUUAUUUGAUCAAAAUUGUGAUUGGUCAACCAAUAUUUCCAACCACUAGGAAAAUGUUGUGGUUUGAAAUUUUAUUUGCUUUAGUCAGCUUUUCAGGAAUGGGAGAUCAAAACUUCUUGUAAAAAUCACACUGACUCUAUAAUGACUACAGAAGCAGAUGUAUAACUUAUAGACAAACCCAACUAAUUCCACAGCAAAUAUAUUGCUCUUAUUUUAUCUUCUUGUAGUAUGCCAGAGAGUAAUUAUAACAUAACGAUGACUCAUGAGUCAUUAAAGUUGUGUUUUAUAAGUUCAAUGAUGUCUCACUACAAUGUAAUAUAGUUAUAAUUAAAAGAAAUGUUAACAUCUAA